AUGAUGUUCACGAUGAAGAAGGAUACUUCGUUCACUUACGAACAAAAGAAUUUCGAUGACUGUGACUUUUCUCAAGUCAAUGCUGCAGUAAUUGGUGGUACUAAUGGGUUGGGAAGAGCUAUUUCCAAUGCUAUUGCAUCUAAAGGUGCCAAGGUUGAAGUCGUUGGUCGUACCUUUAGAGAUGAGAAUUCUGAUAUUAAAUUUAUUAAAGCUGAUUUAAGUUCCAUGAAAGAAGCAAAGAAAGUAGUUAAUCAAUUGGAUGCAGAAAAUUUAACCCAUUUGAUUUUAACCACUGGUAUUAUUCCUAAUCCUAAAAGACAAGAAACCGAUGAAGGUUUGGAAAAAGAUAUGGCUAUUAGUUAUUUAAGUAGAUAUGUCAUCUUACGUGAAAUUGCCUCUAAAUUAGGUAAAAAUCUACCAGCAUCAUCUCCAAAACCAAGAAUUUUUAUUAUGGGCUUCCCAGGUAAUAAUGAAGUUGGUACAUUAGAAGAUCUAAAUUUUGAAAAAAAUUAUGAGGCAUGGAAGGCACAUAUGUCUACUGUUGCUGGUAAUGAAAGUUUAGUUUUAGACGCUAAAGAUCGCUAUCCAAAAUUAAACGUGUUUGGAUUAAAUCCAGGCAUUGUUAGAACAGAAAUCAGAAACAAUUAUUUUGGUGGUGGUAUUAUGUCCUCAAUAAUUGAAAAUGUCAUUGGUUGGUUUACAUACUCCCCUGAACAAUACGCUAAGAAUAUUUCUCCUGUUUUGAUUUCACCAGCAAUUGAAAAUAGAAGUGGUACAAUGUUUAACAACAAGGCUGAAGCUAUUUUGCCUUCUUCUGGCUUAACUACAGACUAUGUUAAGCAAUUUCUGAAUGUGUCAAAUGAAUUGAUCAAAAAAGUAGGUGUCACCGUUCCAGAAUAA